UUGACACUUGGAUGUCUGUGCUCCAUAUUCGGCAAUUCUUCUUCUUGAUUUUAUAAGUGAUUCAUUUACAAAAUUGUUUUUAUCUUUGUAAAAAAACACAGAAAAAAUAAUAAAUAAAAGGAUUAUUUAUAAUUAUCUGCAUAAAUUAAAUAGAAAACCAAUAAAGACUGCUUGUUACAAUGGCCAAAAAUACCUCCAGUUCUGCAUUCCGUAAAAUCGAUGUUGAUCAAUACAAUGAAGACAAUUUCAGAGAAGAUGAAGCCGAUUCAGCUGUGGCACAACUCGAUGAAAAUGAAAUUACAACUUUGCUAACACAGGGCAAGUAUAUAGAGGCUUUGCUUUUAGUUUUACAAAACGCUCCUUUAAGAUGCAAACAGCAGCAUGUCAAGGACCACGCCCUUAACUUAACAUUACGGGUUUUGCUCUCUAUAAAAUCCUCGCAAAUGGACCAAGCUGUGGAGACAUUAAAUGAAAAUGAUUUACUAGAUGUUUUAAUGAAAUACAUCUAUAGAGGCUUUGAGAUUCCUUCCGAAGGCUCUAGUGGGCAUUUAUUGCAGUGGCAUGAAAAAGCGUUUGCCAAAGGCGGUGUUGGCUGUAUUGUGCGUGUGCUAUCGGAUACCAAUCGCGCAUAAAUCACUUGCCAAAGAGCGGUAGUUAAUGUGGAAUUGUUAAUGUAAUUGUAAUUUAUAAUUUUUAUAGAUUUUUUCUUGUCAUAAUUGUAUGAUUUUGUAUGUAAACAGAAAUUACGCUAUACAACAUAAACACUACAUAUGUACCAUGUUACUGCAUUUGUUCAUAUGCGGUAAUGUGGGUACAAUGUAAAUUGUAUGUAAUUUUUGGAUUUAAGAAAGUAUUAAAAGUGUUUUGUUCUCUAAAAAAUAAAAAAA